AGCAGACCGAAGUCAUGGCGAGGGGUAUGUACCUACAUAAGGUAUAUUGGUGCUCUCGAGGCGCGCAGACAGCAUACACUAGUCGGGUACGCUGACCAGCAACUCGAAACACCAAAUCAAGUCUUCAGACACAAGGCGUGACACACAACGGAUUGUCGCCAUUCCAUCACAUCGCAUCUAGUCUUAACAAAGCCUUGCUCUGCCAAAAAGGGAAAAACGAUAAAGGGUUGACCAGCAACUGGCCCCAUUCUGUAUUUGAGCAAGCAAACCCUCCAACCAUCAAUCCAUUCUCAAUGGCUACUGGCGAGCCACCAUCAAAUGGCGCAUCGGCGCAACCUCAGCCCGGAGGUCCAGAUCCAGACUCAUACCCGCUGGCCGCCCAGAUCCCGCUGAAGGACUUCACACUGCCCGAAUUCCCACCGCACGCCUCCCGACUCCGCGAACUCACCCUGACCGCCGACAUCAAACUCGACGAAUACCAGGCGAUGCUCCAGGAAAAGCCGCUGACUCAACCUCCCCUGCCCAACGUGCCCAGCUCCAUCACCCAUCUCACGCUCGAGUUAUUCGGGCUGGGAUUCCCCGGAACACCCCCCUUUUUGGGCAGACUGGCCAAGUCCCUGCCCAAUCUGACGAGCUUGACGUUUUUCAGUUGCCUGAUCGACGGGUUGGACGACGCCUCGAGAAAAGAUGCAGAGCGCUUCUUUGAGAACUGUGAGAAAUUGCAGGAGGUGCAUGUUAUUGACUCGUUUGCGCGGCCGGGCUUUUUCAAGGCCGUCGGUGAGAUUCUAGAGAAGCGCUACGGCGGCGCGGAGACGAAGGACAGCAGCGAAGAAGGCGGUGGCGGUGGCGAUGGUUUGAAAGUGGUCGAUGUGAGUUAUACGUUCCGCGGACAUGAGGAUAGUGAUUUCCUCGCGCGGGUGGCUGGCGAGGAACUUGCGAGCUUGAUUGUGCCGGGGCUGAUCGGUGCGAGUUUUGAUUUUGUGCCGGUCCCGCGGCGCGAUGAGCUUGAAGAGUCGGAAGGUGCUGCGGAGGGCGAGAGUGAUAAAAAGGAGAAGGAGAAGGAGAAGGAGAAGAUGCCGGAAGGCGUGCUUCCGUUCGCGAGUGACGGGCGAGCACCCGCGGCCGUGAAGAAAAGGUUCGAAAAGCUGAGUACGGGGGCCUUGAGGAGCGUCAAGGUGCUGAAUUUGGGCAUGUUCAGUCUCAGGCCCGUCGAGGUGGGCGAGUUGGUGUAUGCGUGCGCUGGCGGUGGCAAGGCUGGAUUGGUCGAUCUCACGGUCGCCGUGCUGUUGGAGAAGGAUUGGGCCCAAGAUUUGGUCAAGGGCUUUGGAUACAAGGAGGUCGGCGGGGCGUUGGAAGGGAUUGAAAUUGUCGGUGUGCCGGACCGCGCGGGCACUGAAGGCCAGGAGGAGGAGGAGGAUUGGCAACAGGGCAUCGAGUUGGUCAAGCAGGAGGACGUGGAGAGGUUGGAGAAGGCGUGUCCGAAGCUGGGGAAGGUCGGGAUGAGUAUACUCAAAGUCAGGAGCGCGCCGAAUGUGGUGUAUCUGAAGGAGGAGGAUGGGUGGAAGGCUAUGUAAAGGAGGGAUCCGGAAGGUAUAUAGGGUGAUGAUAGUGAAGACCUGAACAUACGGAAAAGGAUCGUGUUAAUAGAAGGGGAUCCAGACCUGCCUGGUACGAUGAAGGCAGAUAAGGUAUCAAAGUCAUGGCAAGGAUGGGAUGCUUUGGCAUUUGUUACUUUUCCUUCAGUCAGCUAAGGUAUAAUCAGUUGUACAAAGGGGCCAUCAAC